CGCGGCACCAUGACGUAGGCAGGAGCGCGCGGCGGCGGCGGGUCGCGGCCUGUCCGCCAUGGCGAAGACCGUGGCCUAUUUCUACGACCCGGACGUGGGCAACUUCCACUACGGAGCGGGGCACCCCAUGAAGCCGCAUCGCCUGGCGCUCACCCACAGCCUGGUGCUGCACUACGGCCUCUACAAGAAGAUGAUCGUCUUCAAGCCCUACCAGGCCUCCCAGCACGACAUGUGCCGCUUCCACUCCGAGGACUACAUCGACUUCCUGCAGAGGGUCAGCCCCAACAACAUGCAGGGCUUCACCAAGAGCCUCAAUGCCUUCAACGUGGGGGAUGACUGCCCAGUGUUCCCAGGCCUCUUUGAGUUUUGCUCUCGCUACACCGGGGCCUCCCUGCAAGGAGCCACGCAGCUGAACAACAAGAUCUGUGACAUUGCAAUAAACUGGGCAGGAGGGCUGCACCAUGCCAAGAAGUUUGAGGCUUCUGGGUUCUGUUAUGUGAAUGACAUCGUUAUUGGCAUCCUGGAGCUGCUCAAGUACCACCCUCGAGUCCUCUACAUCGACAUCGACAUCCACCACGGGGACGGGGUGCAGGAGGCCUUCUACCUGACCGACCGCGUCAUGACCGUCUCCUUCCACAAGUAUGGCAACUACUUCUUCCCUGGCACAGGUGACAUGUACGAGGUGGGCGCCGAGAGCGGGCGCUACUACUGCCUCAACGUGCCCCUCCGAGAUGGCAUCGAUGACCAAAGUUACAAACACCUCUUCCAGCCUGUCAUUAACCAGGUGGUGGAUUACUACCAGCCCACCUGCAUCGUGCUGCAGUGCGGCGCCGACUCGCUGGGCUGUGACCGCUUGGGCUGCUUUAACCUCAGCAUCAGAGGCCAUGGGGAGUGUGUGGAGUAUGUGAAGAGCUUCAACAUCCCCUUGCUGGUGCUGGGAGGAGGUGGCUACACGGUGCGCAACGUGGCCCGGUGCUGGACUUAUGAGACCUCCUUGCUGGUGGAUGAAGCCAUAAGUGAAGAGCUGCCCUACAGCGAGUACUUCGAGUACUUCGCCCCAGACUUCACUUUGCAUCCUGAUGUCAGCACCAGGAUUGAAAACCAGAACUCCAGGCAGUACCUGGAUCAGAUCAGGCAGACCAUAUUUGAGAACCUGAAGAUGCUGAACCACGCUCCCAGCGUGCAGAUCCACGACGUGCCCUCGGACCUGCUCAGCUACGACCGCACCGACGAGCCGGACCCGGAGGAGAGAGGCUCUGAGGAGAACUACAGCAGGCCUGAAGCUGCCAACGAGUUCUACGACGGCGACCACGACAACGACAAAGAGAGCGACGUGGAGAUCUGAGGGCACUGCCCCCAGGGGAGGGCCCACGCUGGCCAUGGGUGCUUGGAGCAGACAGCUGGGCCCUGCAGGAGCCAGUUAGCCCUCCCUUUUGUACCUGACUGCAGGUGGUGGCAGCAGGAGCACCACCACCAGAGCUGGCCUCUGCUGCCUGGAGAGGCAGAGAGCGGUGAAACCUUCGUCCUCCUCGUCCCACCGCUGGCUCUGCUCUGGGGAGUGGCAGUUCCAAGCAGCACUGCAAUCCGUGCUGCAUCCUGGCUGGCAGCUGUGCCACUUGCCCUCAGAGCCUUCAGCCACCUCCUGUGACUCCCAGCCAGGCUUCUGCCAGCAGGGUGGCACCUGCCCAGGCUCUCCCUCCCCUCUCUGCCCCCCUUCAGCAGCAGCACCCAACCCAUCCCUCUCACCCCAGCCCUCUGCUCAGCUCCUCAGCGACUCCCCUCUGAACCUGCACUGGAGAGUUGCUUCCUGAUGUCUUCUCUAACCAUCUGAUGGUCCCCAGCUGGAGCAAAAUCACCCUGAGGAGCCAAGGCCUGGUGUAGGAUAGGGGUUGGGUGCACCCCUGGAGUGAGGAGCAGCCUGCUGGAGCAGGUGGGCAGAAGCCCUGCAGGGCCUCAUGGUGCUCAUUCCCCUCCAUGCUCAGUUUUGUGUUCACAGAGCAGUUCCACAGCACUUUGAUGAGUUGGACCCAACUCCCCUGCUUGUUCUGGGAGGCCAAAAGCCCUCUGGAGGAGAGGUUUGGCUGCCAUGGGGUGCCCUGGCACCUCUGAGGUGGCUUCCAGCUGUGUCUUGCACCUCUGAGGUGGCUUCCAGCUGUGUCUUGCACCUCUGUGGUUGCCAAGGUCCCACCUCGCCCCUCUGUGUGUGAGCAAGAGGCCAGGGCUGCUGCUGGGAGCAGAAACCAUUCCCUCCUGGAUCCUUCUGCCCCUGGCUGAGGGAAACUGCUCCUCCAGAGCCUGUCCCCUUGCCCUCACACAGCAGGGGACUUCCCCUCACCCUCUCCUGACUAUUUUGCUGCUCCAUCCCCUGGUCCCUGUGACGGUUCUGAGGGUGCUGAGGGGGGGUGGGAGGGUUUCAGCCUCUGGCUGUCUUCUGCUGGGGUUGUUUACUGGUGGCUUUGACCAUUAAAGGAAG